UAGCAUCGGGUUUUACCACCACCCAGCCGGCUGGCAAUCAUUUAGCAGUCAACGAGGAGGCGAAGUACGGAAAAUAAGUAUGGCUUGUAGGGCGCUGGGACUUUUACGAAUUUAUCCUCAUCUGGUUUCUUCGAUCCGAGGAAGCUCAGUGAGGACAUUCUCACUUUCAAGCAUGCGUCAAUUGAAACACCUAAAGUACGAUGUCAAGGAAGGCGUCGCCGUCAUUCGAUUCGACUCGCCCAACUCGAAGGUGAAUUCGCUAAAUGCCGAAGUCAUGGAGGAUGUGAAAUCCAUCCUAGACGACUUCACGAACAACGGUUCGGUGUCCAGCGGUGUACUCAUCUCCUCGAAGCCUGGCUGCUUCAUCGCCGGAGCAGAUAUCUUGAUGCUGGACAAAUGCAAGACUGCAGCGGAAGCUGCUCGUCUCUCCCGCGAGGCCCAGGAAUUGGUCCAAAAGCUGGAGGACAGCCGCAAGCCUAUCGUUGCAGCCAUCAUGGGUUCGUGCCUCGGAGGCGGCCUGGAGGUUGCGAUGGCCUGCCAGUACCGGAUAGCAGUCAAGGACCGGAAAACGGUCCUCGGUCUUCCCGAGGUUAUGCUCGGAAUCUUGCCCGGGGCUGGCGGCACUCAGCGUCUCCCAAAGCUUGUCCAGCUUCCAACGGCGUUGGAUAUGAUGCUUACUGGCCGAAACGUACGUGCAGACCGGGCCAAAAAGAUUGGACUUGUCGAUCAAACAGUGGAGCCCUUGGGCCCCGGAAUAAAACCCAUCGAGGAACGGAUGAUCGAAUACCUCGAAGAAGUUGCGAUUCAGGCCGCCAAAGGCCUUGCUGAUGGAUCACUGAAGCCGAACCGAACACGUCCCCUGAUGGAACGUUUAAUGAACAAGGCCCUGCAGUACGAACUGGUGCGGAACAUGGUGUUUGACAAGGCAAAGAAUCAGGUGAUGAAGAUGACGCAGGGACUGUACCCAGCUCCGCUAAAAAUCCUCGAGGUUGUCAAGACUGGCGUAGUGAAGGGCCCCAAGUUUGGCUACGAAGCCGAGCAUUCGGGCUUUGGCGAACUCUGCAUCACCCCGCAGUCCAAGGGGCUUAUGGGUCUCUACUUCGGUCAGGUUACCUGCAAGAAGAAUCGCUUCGGACAGCCCCAGAAUGAAGUCAAGAGAGUGGGCAUCCUCGGAGCUGGCCUCAUGGGUGCCGGAAUCGCGCAAGUCUCGGUGGACAAAGGCUGGAGCGUGGUGCUCAAGGACACUGCCGAGAAGGGACUGACACGGGGCGAGCAGCAAGUUCGCAAGGGCCUGGACGAAGGCGUCAAGAAGAAGCGCUUAUCCGCCUAUGAGCGAGAUCUGUACAUGUCGGCGCUCGAGCCCACGCUCAAAUACGACCACUUCAAGUCGACCGACAUUGUCAUUGAAGCCGUGUUUGAGGACCUCGCCAUCAAGCACGCCGUGCUGAAAGAAGUGGAGGAGGUCAUUCCGGCACACUGCGUCUUUGCGUCCAACACCUCCGCGCUGCCCAUCUCCAAGAUUGCGCAGGCUAGCAAAAGACCCGAAAAGGUGGUGGGCAUGCACUACUUCUCCCCCGUCGACAAGAUGCAGCUGCUGGAGGUGAUCACCCACGAGAAGACUUCGCAGGACACCGCAGCCACUGCCGUUGCUGUGGGACUCAAACAGGGCAAGGUGGUCAUCACGGUCAAGGAUGCGCCCGGCUUCUACACCACGCGCAUCCUGGCGGCCAUGUUGGCUGAAGCCAUCAGGCUUCUGCAGGAGGGAGUCACAGUCAAGGAGCUGGACUCCUUGACCAAGAAAUUUGGCUUCCCCGUCGGCGCGGCCACGCUGGUCGACGAAGUGGGCAUCGAUGUCGCCGAGCACAUUGCUGAGUACCUGGGCAAGGAGUUUGGCAGCCGCUUCCAGGGCGGCAACCCGCAAAUUCUCAAGGACAUGGUUGCGGCAGGAUUUCUGGGACGCAAGUCUGGCAAGGGCUGCUACAUCUACAAGCCUGGUGUCAAGGACCGACCCAUCAACGCCGAGGCAGAAAGCAUGCUCAAGAACUAUGCACUGCCAAAGAAGCUCGACAACACGGUAGAAGAGCUCCAGUUCCGGCUAGCGAGCCGAUUCAUCAACGAAGCCGUUCUCUGCCUGCAGGAAGGUGUUCUAGCCAACCCGGUUGAGGGAGACAUUGGUGCCGUGUUCGGCCUCGGCUUCCCACCGUUCCUGGGCGGUCCGUUUCACUUCAUCGACACGUACGGCGCGGACAGGCUCUGCCAGUGGAUGGACAAGUUCACGCAAACGUUCGGACCAGAGUUCCAGCCCUGUCAACUUCUAAGGGACCACGCAAAUGACACUGCCAAGAAGUUCCACGCCAGAAACAAGCAGAAAUAGAGUAACACCUUCCUUCAUCAUCACCGUCAGACGGUCACCGCUGCGGCGUUACUAGUUUUCGAUUGUGUACGCAGUGAUUUGCUUAGAGGACUGCCAUGUGGAAUGAUGUAAAUAUCGAUUCUAGGGGAAGAAGCAUGUCUUUUUUUAUAGAGUGUAUUUUUCUUGAAAUUGCUGUUUCUUCUGUCAUGUGUCCUUUUAUACGGGGAGCCCAGCCAAUAAAAACACACACACAUCAACUGUUAACAAAA